UUCCAUGUAAACAGCACAUUUGACCGUCGCCGUCAAUCCUGCCUCGUCUGCAAGGCAUUCCCUCACCAGUUGUAGAUCUUCGGAAGCAUUUUAACUCUGGAAUAUAUUCCGUAGAGUUUCCUCUCCGCAUCCAUACCUAGCUCAGGAUGGAGAAAGGUGUCGAAGAAGCGCUUUCUCCAAACUCCGGGGAAAACUCAAACAGCAGCAAAAUAUCUGCCGAUAAUAAUAGGCAUGCUUCGAGGUCUCCCAAAUCUGCCAACAGUUCUCCAGCAGUUUCGCGAAAUGGAUCUGUGUCUCCGGCUGGAUCGAGGAACGCUUCAAAAUCUCCUUCUCGAUCGCGCAGUGCCUCGCCAGAAAAUAUAAAAUCACCAGCCUCGGAAAAGUCAAACGAGCGUGGCUCAUCUUCACCGAUGAGGUCGCCACAAGGCUCUGAAACCUCCAGGAAGAAUGGUGGAGAAUCGCCUCCAAGCAGGCAAGGAUCAGCAUCUCCAAGGUCAUCAAGGAAAGGCUCGGCUUCACCAGCUGCAUCCAACAGGUCAAGAUCCGGCUCGCGAUCACCCUCUGGAUCAAGGAAAGGUUCUGUAGCUGGCUCAAGAGCCUCAUCUCCUAAGUCGCCGAGUGGAUCUCAGCGGGGCUCACCAGCUCCUUCUAGGUCGCGAUCCCACUCAGGUUCCAGGGCGUCCCGAUCUCGCAGCAGGUCAGCUAGUGGUUCCAGAAAGGGCUCUCGAUCCCCAAGUGGUUCUAGGAAGGGAUCAAGAUCACCGAGUGGUUCAAGAAAAGGGUCUAGGUCUAGGAGUGGUUCAAGGCGGUCCGCUUCACCUGCUGGAUCAAGGAAGAACUCAAGGUCACCCUCUGGCUCUAGGUCCAGGUCUAGAUCUGCUAGUGGUUCCCGUCGUGGCUCAAGAUCAAGGUCAGGCUCACGCCGAAGCUCUAGGAGCAGGUCAGCCUCGUCUAGAAGAAGCUCACGGAAAGGUUCAAGAUCUAGGUCUGGAUCUCGAGCCAGGUCGGGCUCUCGCCAUGGAUCAAGAUCACCCUCGGGCUCGAGAAAAGGCUCAAGGUCCCGUUCAAGGUCUGCCUCGGGUUCAAGGAGGUCACGGUCUGGAUCAAGGCGCAGUUCAAGAUCAAGGUCUGGUUCACGCUCUCGUUCUGGAUCUCGUCGUAGCUCUCGCUCUAAAUCUGGCAGCAGAUCCAGAUCUCGUUCAAGGUCUGGUAGCCGCCGUUCUAGAUCAGGCUCUCGGUCUAGAUCAAGGUCUCGUUCAGGCGCAGAGUCUGAAAUCGAAGAGAGGCGGUCGGUUGUGGACUCGGAUGAGGAGGGAGGCAUUUCUGUUGGCAAGAAGAAACGGAAGCGUCAGGCCUUGAGUGAUGAUGAAGCGCCACAACCAGAGGCUGCAGGCGCUGAGGAAGGAGAACAGGAAAAAGUGGAGGCUCCCGCAGUUGCUGCAGAUUCAGACUCAGACGAAGGUCCAAUUGAUGACAGUGGAAGAGAUACAGGUCUCUCAGAUUUUGAGAUCAUGCUGCUGAGGAAGAAAGAGGAAGGGGGUCGAAAGAGACGGCGGAGAGACAUAGAAAUCAUUAAUGACAAUGAUGACAUGAUUGCACAACUGUUGUCCGACAUGAGAUACGCGGCAGAAGAAGACCGCAUGCUGAACAUGGCCAAAAAACCAGCGACCAAGAAAAUCGCCAUGCUUCCCAAGGCUCUUUCCCAGAUCAAGAAAAGAGACCUCCAGUUGGCCUUUGUAGAACAUAACAUGCUGGCCAUCCUCACUGAAUGGCUGGCGCCAAUGCCGGACAAAUCACUCCCAGCACCAAAAAUCAGAACUGAAGUUCUUCGGCUUCUUCGAGAAUUUCCAUCUGUUGACCAGCAAACAUUGAAGCAGGCGGGAAUUGGAAAGGCAGUUAUGUAUUUGUACAAACAUCCAAAGGAAACAAAGGAGAAUAGAAUCAUUGCUGGAAAACUAAUCAACGAAUGGGCCAGACCGAUCUUCAACGUCUCUGCAGACUUCAAAGCAAUGUCAAAAGAGGAACGUGAGCAGAGAGAUUUGGACCAGCGUCCCAAGAGGCGCCGGGCUUCAGACUAUGACGGAGGUGAGGGCCCGUCGAAAGAAGAACAGACAAUUGGAAUGAAGGGGGAUGGAAAUACUCUCAAGCCAGGAGACCCUGGUUGGGUGCCUAGAGCUCGUGUGCCAAUGCCAUCAACAAAAGAUUAUGUCGUCAGGCCCAAGUGGAAAGUUGACACCGAUAUAAGCAGAACAACCAAAAAGCAGAUGAAUAGAUUUGAAAAGCACCUGAAAAAUUUCCAAGACAUGAAGAGGAAUAAAGAGGCUAAACGAGCUAUAGAUAUUUCCAUCGAGGGCAGGAAAAUGGCACUAUAGAGUAUUCUUGUGAUUUUCCUAUCAUCACAAAGGCUGCAAAUUAUUAGCUUUUAAGUUUUAAUGCAUGCAUAAAUUAAUUAAGCAGGCUGAAGUAUUUUAAAGAAUGUGCUUUGCCGCCGUGCAAUCUAUAAAUAAAUAUCUUUGUAUUUGAAGGAUUUA